UGCAGGGAGAAAAAGGGAUGAACGCUCACCACCUCCCACUGCCAAGGACUCGAUUUUGUUUGCCCACAGAAAAGAGACACACAAACUUCGCAUUCCCCUGCUGAAACACCAGCGCACAUCAGAAACAAGGGAGACACACCACACGUCCUGCAGGGUGCAGAGGCAGCACAGGCUCCGUAUCACUGGGCAACAUAAGCAGACAGGUACACAGCAUCCAAGUCUGGUCCGUGGGCCUGCUUGACUGCUCAUUGGGCAUACACCGCCCAUUCGCGUUCUGGAUACACCUUCUUUAGUCGCGAUUGACUCUCUUUUCCCCGGUCUGCCAUCUGUGCAAGACCUCCAUUGUCUGGAAGCAUCCAUCCUAGAACAGCAAGGACCACCAGAGACGGCGAAGCGACGACUUGGCCACACCACUCGACGCGCAACCGACUAAAACCAUGGAGCGACCAAAAUUGGGCGUGCAGCUAUUCAAGGUCGUGACAAUCCUCCUCACCCUCUAUGGCCUGUUUUACUUGUCCUUCUAUGUACGGCAGAAUCAAAUACCAGCGCGUGCCAUGAUACCAGAUGGACAGGCACCCGUGGAAGUGGCUAUUGUCGAAGAAACAGCUCCCUCAGGCACACCAUUUCGAUCGCUCGUCCACAUUGAAGCAGAGUCAAAGGAUCUAGCGAGCUUCGAGGGAAGACGGCUGCCGCACGAUACACAUGUCAACGCGACGCGCAUACUCGAUGGCUGCAAGGGGAAUGGCUCAACAGGCUGGCGCAAUACGCGGGGUUGCGUCGACUUUUUGCGCUUCCAAGAGGACCAAUAUCUGGUGAUCCCAGCGAAAAGUGCUUCAGCGUGCACAGAAACGGUCAAAUACCAUACUUACUGGCGUGGCAAGCUGACGUGGCGCGUGGAAUUUAUGAUCAAGUCAUGGUUAUACACACAAAAUCUAGAAUGCAGCGAGCUUCAUUUGUGGCUAGAUGCGGAUUAUGAUCCAGAGAUUGUUGAGACGGCAAAGGCAUCCUCAAUCUACAAUGCAUUGCGGCCAAUUGUCGACAGCGGUCUCCUCAUUGUACGAGAGUGGAAGUAUCCUUCAUUCGUGCAUAUCGCCCCCGAGCAUCAAGAAGAGGACUUCUUUGGCGAGACUCAGCUACACUUCCGGCGACACCACAUCCCUACGGGCGCAGUCGCAGUGAGCGAUUCCUUCCGUUUCAUUGUGCUGCAUCAAGAGGGUGGUCUGUACAUUGAUAUGGAUACCAUGUUUCUCAAGGAUUUCCGGCCAUUGCUCGCAACGUCCGACCUUGCUUUUGCUGAGCGUUGGGGCGUACACAACGACGUAUCAGAGUACAACACAGCCUACCUACGACUCCAAGCAAACUCUUCACUCUCAGCACACAUCAUCCAAGGUGCCGUCAAGAUGGGCAUGAACUUUCACCCACGCGCUAUUGGACGCAUGCUCGUUCGCAGCGGUCGUGUCGAGGAGCUUGUCAUGUUUGAGACAGGUCUCUUUGAUCCACUUUGGUCGGAAUUCGAUCGUGGACGCGUUGGACGAUGCUGUGCGCCGUGUCUCACUUCCUUUACAGAGUUCUUCCAACCAGGCCGGAUUCGCAAUGAAUGGAAUACGCUUGAUCAGGAAUACAACAAGAUGGCCGCUGCUGACCGGCAUGCCAUGUUGGGCAGUGCUAGCUCGGCAUUGAUCCCAGCAGAGCCGUCAUAUAACCGCACACUGAGUAACUUCUACAGGGGUGCAUACACGCAUCACAUUCACAAUCAGUGGUCCAAGCUACCUGUUCCUGGAAGUUGGGCGUGGGUUGCUGAUACGACCUACAACCAGUUUCUCUCAAAACAGCGCGUCAACCCGUACGGUGAAAUGUGGACAGGACCGGCGCUGGAGUUUAUGAGACGAACACGCUAAGUGCAAGUCUUCGUGCCUGCUUCCUUGAUAGAAGAUUUAGAAUAUGUACAACAGGACGAUAGCAUGCUUAUGCAAGCCUAUUUCGAGGGUGU